CCGCCAAACACCAUUUACACAGGACAUCCCAUCAUGACCUCUGAAGGAGACGUUAUUCGGGAAAAUGAUCCUGUUUUUAUUAGACUGCCGUCAGAAAAUGUGCGGUUUAUUCACGCGAAGCCAAACAACACAAUAAGUUUAGGAAAGUUUGGUUCUUUUUUGACAAAUAGCUUAAUUGGACAGCAUUACGAUGAGUAUUUUGAAAUCUACGAACCCAGAAAAAUAAGAGUCGUUCAACGGUUCACGAACGAGGAGUUAGAAGACGAAUCAAAGAACAACAAAGAACUUGUUGACAGCGGGUCAAACCAAAAGCUUCAACACGAGGAAAUUGAGAAGCUGAAAGGAAAUCUGAAGACUGGCAGUCUCAAAGACGAAAAGCUGAUUGAGCAAAUCGCUCAGAGCAGUACGACCUUUGACAAAAAGACUAGUUUUGCUCAGGCCAAGUAUUUGGCAAGAAAGGGUGAGAAGUAUUUCCAAAAGUUCCAUGCUUUAAAGCCAUGCAUGGAAGUAAUCGCUCGGUACAUGCUUGAACGUGAUCCUACUAAAGUGCUGGACUUGACACCAGAGACUAUUGGUCUCAUGCUUACGCUGGCCAACGUUCGUCCUGGGGGUCGCUACCUCGUUGUGGACGAAUCGGGUUGUUUGCUUUUGGGCUCUCUUAUGGAACGCGUAAACCGAAAGUGUCAAGUCAUGCUUAUUCACCCAAACGAACAACCAAACAACUCGUGUUUGGAACUUUGGGGCUCGUCGUUCACGGAAGAGGCACUGAAAAAAAACGAGAGUUUACGGACGUUAAACUGGCUUCAUGCAGUCGAUCCCGAGGAGGAACUUCGUGAAUUCGAAGUUGCGGACAUUGAUCCUGAAGCAUUUGAAGCUCUGAAACCCCGUCAUAAAAAACGCUAUCUGCACCGUAAGGCAUUUUACGCCAAGCUUAAGUCGGAUAUGGAAGACUACGCUGCUGGUAAUUAUGAUGCUCUUCUAUAUGUAUCAAAUUACCAUCCUAAAACCACGCUCAAAUAUUUACUGCCCAAGGUUGGACUUUCUUGCCCUGUAAUCAUUUACUCCCCCUAUCAGAACACCCUCGUCGAGACUUCUCAUGCACUCGUCUCCUAUACCCACCCUGUUUCCCAUUCGGAAGUGCAAGAAGGAACGGAAAAGCCUGUUGAAGUUGAAGCCUUCGAUAAGUUGCUCGGUCUUGACAUUCAUGAGGCAAGACAGUUGUCCUACCAAGUGCUCCCUGGUCGGACACAUCCUCUUAUGACUCAACGCGGUGACAUGGGUUACAUAUUGUCUGCUAUCAAGGUUCGUAAUUUCAACAACAUCCUUGCUGCUGGUCGUUUCCCUAAACGUUCUCUCAGAGCAAAAAACAGCAAGAGUGCUAAACGAACGAAAACCGAGACACCGGUUCAGACGCCUGUGACCGAGCCCGCCGAUACUCCUAUGCAAGAGGCUGCAGAGGCAUGUGCGAAAUAGAGUAAAAUAGAUUUCAUUAAAGACUAAAGUCUACGUCAAUGACCGAAAGCUUAAAAGACUGUCAGAAUAGACUGUGGAAAAGAUCGUGGCAUUUGGUUCACUUGUAUUACUAAGAGACAGUAAAGAGCCUUCAUCGACUCAACAACCAAACGUUUAUCCCGCUGUAAAAAGCAUCUGGCGCCGCUACCAAGCGAGUAUCCGGUUCCGACUGCAGCUACGAAUUCGUGCUCCUUUCAACUCGUCAAAUUCAUUCACCUAAAAUUAUCAUCCACAUUCGUUUCCUUCACCAAAUAGACCAAAUGAGACACUGUGUUCGACCGCGCCC